AAUAGGUUAAGUCUAUUUUUGUAUAUUUAGGUUAGAUUUUCCAAAUUUGAUCUGAAUUUCAAUAAUGAGAUGAGAAAAUUGAAAAAUGCUGCAAAUAUUGUCUAUAAUUGCAGCUGCACAUUUGGUGUAUUGCCCGUUCACCAAAGUGGAGGAAAGUUUUAAUCUUCAGGCAAUGCACGAUAUUCUCUUCCAUAGAUUCAAUUUUUCCCAAUACGAUCAUCACGAUUUUCCCGGUGUUGUACCUAGAACUUUCAUCGGUCCAUUGUUUGUGUCCUUUUUAGCUUCUCCCUUCGUAACAAUUUUUCAACUUUUGAAUCUUAGCAAAUUUUGGUCUCAAUACAUAGUUCGAGGAACUUUAGCCUUAUGUGUUCUCAUAAGCUUCAACAUUUUAUGUAAGACAUUAGAAAAAUUAUUUGGAAAAGUAUGGAUGCAAUGGUUUGUUGCAAUCACUGUGACACAAAGCCAUUUCAUGUUUUACUUGAGUCGGCCACUUCCAAAUAUAUUUGCCCUACCUUUAGUUUUAUUGGCAUUGAACAGUUGGUUAAAAAAUGAUGGCAAAAAUUUUAUAUUAUUCUCUGGAGCUGCAAUUAUAAUUUUUAGAGUUGAGUUGGUUCUAUUCUUGGGUAUUUUAUUAUUAUAUGAUCUUUAUUGUAAAAGGAUCACCAUAAAACAAUUAUUCCAAACAGGUAUACCUGUAGGCUUAGGAUUCUUAGGAUUAUCUGUUGUGAUUGAUUCAAUAUUUUGGAAUAGGCCUUUGUGGCCUGAAGGAGAAGUUUUGUGGUUUAACACAAUAUUGAAUAAAAGUUCAGAUUAUGGAACAUCACCUUUUUUAUGGUAUUUUUACUCAGCAAUACCUAGAGGAAUGGCUGCCUCGCUUCUCCUUUUACCAAUAGGUUUGUAUCUAGAUGACAGAGUUAGAAAGAUAGUUCUGCCAGCUCUCCUUUUUGUAUUGCUGUAUUCGUUCCUGCCUCAUAAAGAGUUGAGGUUUAUAAUUUAUGUCUUUCCUGUACUAAAUAUAGCUGUAGCCACUGCCUGUUUUAGACUGUGGGAAAAUCGAAACAAAUCUUUUUUUCAGUACCUUUUAUCUUUAGGUGUCGCAGGCCACCUUUGCAUUAACGUUUUAUUCACUUUAUUUCUCUUAUGUGUUUCUGGGACAAAUUAUCCUGGGGGAACCGCUAUUUCGCAUCUACAUCGCUCAGCUAGAGAUGAAUUAAAUGUCAGCGUGCACAUAUCAAACUUGGCUGCUCAGACAGGAGUAUCUAGAUUUACCCAGAUAAAUGACAAUUGGAUCUAUUCAAAGAAAGAGAACUUACUUCCUGGUUGUCAAGACAUGUACGAAUUUACACAUAUCAUUGCUGAAGCAAAAAGCAAGUUUUCCCCAAAUUUAAAGCCUUAUACUUUUACACAUGAUGUUAUAGAUGCGAUAGAAGCUUUCCAUCAGGUAUCCUUCAAUUAUUUGACUGUACCACCUGUAAAGAUUAGAACAAAACCUGUUUUAUUUAUUCUGAAACGUAAAUCAAAUUUUAAAGAAAUGUUACAAAUGCGUCAUUUCUAUGAAGAUGAUGAUCAGAAAGAAUCACUAUCUGAAGAAAAACAAACUAGUUCAGCAAUUUUAGAGAAACAGCUGACUUCAUUUGAAGAUAAUUCGGGUAAUUCACAGGAAGAGAAAAUUGCGACUGAUGAUACUGCUAGUAUGGAAUUGAAUGUUAUUGAAUCAUCUGAGAAUGAGUUGAAAUUAAAUGCAGAAAUAGUUGACAAGAGUUUGGUUGAACAAUUUGAAACUGUUGAGACCCCUAAAAAGGUAAAAAAAGAUAUUGGGGAAAAGAGGGAAAUGGAUAAGGAAAACAUUUCGAAAUAUACAAAGAAACUGGAGGAUGGAUUGGAUCAGUCUACUGAAGAGAAAAAUCAAAUUAAGAAGCCAAAAAUUUCUCAAAAAAAGAAGCCUUUUGUUGAAGAUGUAAUAAAAGAGAAGAAAGUAGAUCAAAUGAAUGGAAAAACUAUUGAGGAAGAAAAUGAAGUUGAAGAUAUUUCUUGGAAGGCUAAAACACUAUCAAAAUCGGAAAUUGAAGACAAUGAAAUAUAUAAAAAGGAUUUGAAGGAAGUUGAACCAAAAGAAGUGCAGACAAAAAUUGUAGAAACAUAUGACACCACUGAAGAAAUUGAUGAAGAAGAUAUUCUAUUGAGGAAGGCAUCCAAAUCUUCUCAUCUACAUGAGAAAACUGUUGAUAUUUCAAAGGAGAUGGAAGUGAAAACUCAAUUUUCAGAAGACGAAAAUGUGCAGAUAAAAAUUCCAAAGACUUUAACAAGAGAAAAGUUAAAUUUUUCACUGAAGAAAAGUAAUUCUUUCAGAUCGAAGCCCAAGAAUAAAGUUUUUUCUAUAGAAGCAGAAAAAUCGGCGGAGAAUAAGCAACAAGUCAAACAAAAUUUGAAAAAAUUAAUACAAAAAUACCGUAGGAAAAAGUUUGAUGAUGAGGAAAUAACUACAGAGCAUACAAAUGAAGGAAACACUAAAAUUGAAAAGAAUAAGAUUACUGAAGAUGAAAAUACUGUACAAAAAGAAGAAAUAAAUAAAAUUCAGUUGCAGAUAAUGGAAAUAAUUGAGAAUAACCCAAAUAUUGCAAAUAAGGAUUUAAUCAAAGAAAAAUUACAAAAGACGAUAAUUGAUGAACUGAUUAAAACAAUUGAUGAAAAGGUAACUGAGAAGACUGGAAAACUAAUGAGUGCCAGAGAUAAUGUGAAAACUAAGAAAUUAGUUGAAGUUAUUGAGAAACAAAAAAAUGCUCCUUCCAAAAUACCAGCUCCUGUCCAAAAUGAAGAUAUCGAAACACAAGAUGUAGAAAUAGAUAUGAACAUCGAGAAGAGUAAAAAACAAAUCAUAGUUGCGAAUUUGAAUAAAAGAGAUAAAAUAAGAGAGGCUCAAGAAAAGAUCGAAGAUAUUAUGAAUAUAAUUGAUGAUAUUGUUGAUACCAUUGAAAUUCAUAGUAAUGAGUGAUGGCCCUAUGUAAAAAAUAUUUGUUGGAACAAUAAAUGAUUACUUGUU